AUGAGCGCCUUCCUUGACAGUUGUCAAGCGGCGGUCGAACUACGAAUCAGCUCCGUAGACGUCUGUGAAUGGGUCAUUCCUCACUUGUCAAUCCGCCGGGCGAUCUCAGGGGAGGCGGCGAGCAGUGAAAACGGGAGCGGCUUCCAGUUCCUUCCGAAGCUGCGGCGCAUGCGCUUUCACGUGCAGAACAAUUCGGUCUUCGCAAAGCACAGACUUCUCGCCGAUCUCAAAGCUCUUAUGAAGUUGCGAAAUGCCCCGAUAGCCCGGCCGCUGGAGCUUGAGAUCGCGACGCAAUCACCGCUGGGAGUAGAGGAGAAAUCGAAACUUCGCGACAUCGUCGGUCGGCCAGAUCUUCUGGUCUAUUCCAAUGAGGAUCAAUGGGAUGCCAUGCACUGGGAUGCCGUGGACGAAGAGGGUACACCUCUCAGACUCGGACUGUGA